GUAUUUAAGAGAUAGUCGACACCAUGGUGGCCGCUAAAGUAUUUGUACUACUUUCUUUUCUGACCUUGGUGUACAGUAAAGCUGCACGGCAAACAGAACAAGAUAUUAAAACUGUAGAGGCAUACAUAGACAGCAAGAAAGGAGAUAUAAACCAAAGGUACAGAUUGCAUUACCACGUCGCUGCACCGGUUGGAUGGAUCAACGACCCAAACGGCUUCACAUAUUAUAAAUCUGAAUUCCAUCUUUUUUAUCAAUAUUAUCCAUAUGAUUCAGUCUGGGGCCCCAUGCAUUGGGGACACGUUGCCAGUCGCGAUCUCGUACAUUGGAAAUAUUUGCCGACAGCGUUAGUACCAGAAACCGAACAAUGCUUCUCCGGUAGUGCUGUGGUAGAUGGAGACACCAUGAUCCUAAUAUAUACUGGACAUGUCGAUUUAGAUACUGAGCCAUGGUCCAACGAAACCCAGUACCUUGCCUACAGUGACGAUGGUAUAACAUUUCACAAAUACGAAGGAAAUCCAGUCAUAUCCUCUGCUCCUAACGGAUCACCUGACUUCAGGGAUCCAAAGGCCUGGAAGCACGGAGAUCAUUAUUAUGUAGUCCUCGGUAGCAAGACUGACGAUAAACGAGGACAGGUUUUACUAUACAGGUCUACAGAUAUGAAGAACUGGGAGUAUUUGAAUAUUAUAGCAGAAUCCAAGGGUGACAGUUAUAUGUACGAGUGCCCCGACUUCUUUGAGUUGGAUGGAAAGUUUGUUCUACUAAUGUCUCCACAAGGCAUGGAGCCGCAGGGCGACAGGUACAAGAAUCUUCAUCAGACCGGAUAUAUCAUUGGCAGUUUCAGCUAUGAUACGUUUGAAUUUGUUCCUGAAGUAGAUUUUCAAGAAAUUGACUUUGGGCACGAUUUUUAUGCAGCACAGACCACGGAAGCGUUUGGCACAAGAGUCCUAGUAGGCUGGUUUAACAUGUGGGAGCAACCUCGGCCUGAAGCGGAAGAUGGCUGGGCUGGUGCUAUGACGUUGGUUAGAGAACUGAGGCUAGUCGGUGACCGGAUCACGAUGAAACCAUUAGACGCCAUGACUGUUCUGAGGGAUGAGGUAGAAAUGGUUGGGAUUGUACAACCUCAACAGGAAUUGCGUUUUGGAAAAACAGCUGAAAUUAUCGUGGCGGGUGAUCUAAAACAGAAAAUUGAAUUACAACUCGAAGGUACAGACGGCGGUGAGAAGGCUUGGAUACGUUGGGAGCCUGAAGCCGGCAAAGUAGUAGUAGAUAGAGGUUCAGGCGAUAUUCGGCAAGUAGAUUGGUCGCCAAUCGGCAUAGAUGCUUGGAGGAUAUUCCUGGAUGCGAGCUCCAUAGAGCUGUUCUGCGGAGAAGGAGAGGUGGUGUUCAGUAGCCGGUUGUUCCCCGAGGGUGGGUGGAUUGUUACAAACAACAGCCCCCAGUUUAUUCACGUACAGGCUUAUUCGUUAGGCAGAAGCAUUCCUUUGUGAUUAUUUAAAAUGUAUUUUUAGCUU